UCCCACAUCCCUCUUUGUUCGUUCUCUUCUUCCCACCUUUCUCUCUGUUUUUUAUUUUUUCUUUCCAGAUAUCAUGGAUGAUUUUCUAGCAUAUUUGAUGGUGGAUGGAGAAGUGACCAGAUACGAUGGAGGUUUGGAAGAUACCCCUUACCUGCGACGGAUGACGGACAACGGAAAUGGAAGAAACGUGGAAGCUCUGGACGUCGAAAAUGGGGGAGCUGUGAACGAAGAAGAUGGAGUUGCGAACGGAAAUGGUGGAUCGGUGAAUGAGGAAGAUAGAUGGUGGUCCGAACAACCCUAGGGACGAAGACUUAGGUGGGACGGGUGGCAGACCUGUGACACAAGGCGUCAACGAAGUUUCGAUAUUUGACGACCGAGAUGAUUACAGCUGUGACGGGAAGAGAAUAGCAGGGAGAACAUGAACACAGAUGUUGAAGAUGGAGCUGCGACGGAGGACAGAAAUGGUGGGCUGUGAACGAGGAAGAUGGUGGUCCAAACAACGCUAGGGACGAAGACUUAGGUGGGACGGGUGGUGGACAUGUGACACAAGGCGUCAACGAAGUUCCGAUAUUUGAAAGUCGGGAUGAUUACAGUUGUGAAGGGGAAGAGAAUAGCAGGGAGAAGACGAAUGAGAUGUUGGAGAUGGAGAUAACAAUGGUGAUGAAUGUGAACAAAUUCGAAAGAUAGGCAUGAAGUCUCCUACAAAAGAUGCAGUUUAUGAUUUCUACAAAAAGUGUACAUAUGUCGGUGUGCACAGGCGAAUGAAAGAAAGGCUCCUGGGUGAUUGUACUGACAAUUAGUGUCGGUGUGAACAGAGUAAUAGUGUUUUUGUAGGUGUACACAGACAGUACUUUCUUUGUAAGUGUUUGUGUGACAAUAUGGUUUGAGUUUAGUAAUAUGGUUUGAGUUGUUAACUUGUUAUGUAAGAUUACCGAAAUGUAAUGGCCUUUGUUGUGUGAGUUAUAUACAAAAGUGAGAGAUUUAUGAUUCUAUUUGGUUUGUAAGUGUUACUUUGCCAACAUGGUUGGAGUUGGGUUGGAGUUGUCUGUGAGCUUCAUAUGAUAUGCAUGUGACGUUCAUAUCGUU